AUGAAGAAUCAGCACAUCCUGAGAAUCAAUAAGCUGGAGAAGGAUGACUCAGCAGAAUACACAUUCAGACUCAAACGACCUAAUGGAGGAUGGAAAGAAUCUGACUUUUCUGGAGUAACGCUGGUUGUCACAGGCCUGACAGUGAGGGUGCAUCCUGCAGAGGUGACAGAGGGCCAAAAUGUCACUCUGACCUGCAUUACCAGCUGUCCUCUGCCUCACAACACAACCUACAUCUGGUACUUGAACAGUCGACCUUUGACUGAGCCAAGAAAGCACAACAAGACACUGAUACUCUGUUCAGUCAGCAGUCAGCAUGCAGGAAGCUACUCCUGUGCUGUUGAAGGUGGCAUUACAUCUGGUGAAAAAACUCUGACUGUCCAAAAUGUUAAACAGAAACAAACACCAGCAGCAGCAGCAGCAGCAGCAGCAGCAGCAACCGCCACACGAGUCUGUACUCUUCUCCUGGUUACCAUACUUCUUGUUGUUAUCUUCCUUUGGAUAAGAAAGAAGAGGAUUUCAGGUCAGUCUCCUGAAACUCAAGCAAUGGACAACACAGAGCAGCUAAACCCUGGUCAUGAGUAUGAAAACAUGUCAGCUCGACCAACAGAGCAGGAGGAGCUUCGCUGCAGCAGAGUCCACUUCUCUAUGACCCAGCCAGAAACUCCUGACCUCCCCAUCCAACCACAUCAGUCCGAACAACAGGAGCAUGUUGCUCAUGCUACUGUCAACUUCAGUUCCAACACGGCCUCUGAGUGAGCAUCUCUUUACAUAACUGAUUCAGGAUCUACUUAGUGGCCCUACUCAUCUUGAUCAGUGGCACUAUUUUCAACAACCUGACUUUCACAGUUCAAGCCCUCUAGUCUCCACCAAUAUUUCACUUCACUCCAUGUCUCACAGAAUUCCCCAAAAGUUCUGAGCCUUGCAAGCAAAAGCUAAUCACGUUAAAACAUCUAUCCAAUGCCUAAUAUUAGUUGGCUUUGAACACUGCAUGUGCUAAAAAGUCUAACCACAAAGAGAAAUGUGUGAAAUGCUGCCUCAGUGACGCUUCAACUGUCUUUUCUAAAAAUGACACAACAAAAACUUGAAGACAUCAAAACACCAGUGACACUAGUGGUCAGAUUUAAGUAGAUGAGCAGCUAAAGAGCUAAACACCAGUGCAGCACAAUUUAUAACACAUAUAACACUGUAAGAAAGAUUUAUGAACAGAUUCAUGAUGUAAAGGUGAAAAGGCAGCAGAUUAUGUUCUUCACUGGUCCUCUCACUGCUGAAUCAUUUGUAAUGAACUUUUAUGGCAGGUUAAGUCGCCUCUCAAGGGCUGAUAUGCUGUACAGAUGACUUGAAAUUAUGUCUUAAAUACAUUGAGCAACAGUGUUACCAGACCACAAUGCAAUGCUGAAAUGUGGGUGGCUCUGUCAUGUAAGCUUAUUGACACAUUUUGGGUUUUUUUCCUGGUGUACUUAUGUUGCAUUACUUUCUGUUUCAUUUGCAGCUGUAAAAAGCUUUUGUAAAAAUGAUUUUGCUCUCAGAAACAUGUUUUACCCUGCAUUAACUGAAGUGUAUUAAAAGAUGAAAGACAUUA